AUGAACAAAGCCACCACGACUCCUUCCGAAACCAACACCACCCCAUCAGAGAUCAAUGUUGAGGCGGAAUCGACCUCCAGAUUUAUGUUCUUCAGUCACGAGUUCCCCAGUGGCGAUGUUAAAGACUUGAUACGGAGGCUCUCCAGACAUGCCAAGCUGCCUCGAUACUCUCAGCUCGCCCGCUUUCUGCAAGAGUGUGCUUCUGUGCUGAGACAAGAGGUCCAAAAGCUCCCACGGCCACUGCGUGAUCAGGUUCCCCCGUUCAGCGAUAUCAUUACACUGGCAUCACACUGGGAGAGACUCAAGCAGAGCGAUCUAUGCGGAACGUGGGAGGGUGCUUUUCUAUGCAUCUAUGAGAUUGCUAUGCUCAUUGGACAUCAUGAAGCACACGAUCUUCCUUACGCCCUCGGAACAAGAAACACCAGUACAACCUGUCUGGCAGGAAUCAGCGUCGGCCUCUUCUCAGCUGCAGCAGUGGCGGUUUCUUCAUCUCUUGUAGACCUUGUCUACUACGGAGUGGAAAGCGUCCGCAUUGCCUUUUCUUUCUGUGUUCACGUGGGCCGGGUCUCCCAGCUACUUGAGCCUACCGAGCGCACCAAGACAGCUUCGUCUGUUAGCUGGGCGUAUGUCGUGAUCGGCAUUUCGGCCGAGGUUGUGCAGGCCGAAUUGGAUCGUUUCAACGGUCAAGAUGAACCGACAGAUACCUGUUCAAAAACGUCACGCCUGGCCCAGGUCAGCAUUAGCCACGUCGACCAGGCUUCAGUAGGCGUCACCGGCCCUCCGGCUCAACUUGAACAGCUCUUUCGCCAAUCGGAGGUACUUGGCUCAUCUCGCCACUCCCCGUUGCCCAUCUCGGGAGGGCUUUGUCAUGUCCCCAACGUGUAUGACCUUGACGACGUCCGUUCUAUCCUCGAGACUGCCGAAGUCUGGGAAAGAUGGGGCUCUCGACCUGUUCAGCUGCCUCUGCUCUCACCAAACCCAGGAGCUCCCUUUUCAGCAUCUGAUGCGUAUCACCUGAUAGAGGCCAUUUGUACCGAAGCCCUUACAAAGCCGCUGUAUUUCGACAACAUUGCCGAGGGUGCUGCAUUGCAACUUUCACGCCAACAGGAGCUGACGCCGUUGUCAUGCCAAAUCCUGCAUUAUCGGACGUCGCUGAUCUCGGACACGAUCCUCUCCGACGUGGCCAAGAAGCUGUCGGCUGCCAGUCUCUCGCGACAGGACCUGGUUGACUGGGCAAUGCAGGAUGAGGAUACUUCUGUUCAACCUCAUGGCAACUCAAGCCUACCACAGAACUCCAAGCUGGCUAUAGUUGGCAUGUCAUGCCGUAUGCCCGGAGGCGCCGACAGCCCUGAGCAAUUCUGGGAGCUCUUGAUGAAUGGCGUCGACACUCUUACUAUCGUCCCAGCGGACAGGUUUGAUGUCGACGCGCAUUUCGAUCCCAGUGGGGAGAUGGAGAACGAUGUCGGAACGAAAUUUGGCAACUUUAUACAUAAUCCCGGACACUUUGAUGCUGGUUUCUUCAACAUGUCUCCGCGCGAGGCUGAACAGACAGAUCCAAUGCAACGUUUGGCGCUUGUCACGGCCUACGAGGCGCUGGAAAUGGCCGGCUUCGUGCCGAAUCGAACGCCCUCCUCUCACGUAUCCCGAGUAGGAACUUACUACGGCCAAGCCAGCGAUGACUACCGUGAGGUGAACGCGAGUCAAAAGAUUGGCACCUAUGGCAUUCCCGGCACCGAACGUGCCUUUGGCAACGGCCGCAUUAACUACUUCUUCAACUUCCAGGGACCAAGCAUCAACGUCGAUACGGCGUGCUCGAGUGGUCUGGCUGCGGUCCAUGCGGCUUGCUCUGCACUUUGGGCCGGUGACGCUGAUACUGUCGUCGCCGGAGGUCUCAAUGUUAUCACCAAUCCUGACAUUUACUGCAUGCUUAGCAAGGGGCAUUUCUUGUCCAAGACGGGCCAGUGCAAAGUGUGGGAUUCUGGAGCUGACGGCUACUGCAGAGCUGAUGGAAUUGGUUCUGUGGUCAUCAAGCGACUGGACGAUGCCAUUGCCGAUAAUGACAACAUCUUGGCGACGAUUGUGUCGGGGUCAACGAAUCAGUCAGCCGAGAGCAUUUCCAUAACUCAACCACAUGCUGGUGCGCAAAAGGACAACUACCGCCAGGUGAUGGAUAAGGCAGGCAUCAACCCUCUGGAUGUUAGUUAUGUUGAACUGCACGGCACAGGAACUCAGGUCGGAGAUGCCGUUGAGUCGGAAUCGGUUCUCGACUUCUUCGCUCCCCUGGGCAGUCGUCAACGUUCCGAACAACGCCUGAGUCUAGGCGCAGUCAAAUCAAAUAUCGGGCACGGUGAAGCUGCAGCGGGAAUUGCUUCUUUGAUGAAGGUUCUCUUGAUGUAUAAGCAUGGGAUGAUUCCGCGUCACAUCGGCAUCAAAAAGACGAUGAAUCCCGUGGUGGCUCAACACCUGGCCAAUCGAAACGCCGGCAUCCUCACUGAGAACCGCUCCUGGCUUCCAAAGCCCGAUGGGAAAAAACGUUACUCUAUCGUCAAUAGCUUUGGUGCUCAUGGUGGAAAUACGACGCUGUUGCUGGAAGAUGCGCCGUUGUCACGCACCCAGAGAGAAGCCGACGACGUGCUUCCAGACACAACAGCUUGUCAGGUCAUUUGCAUCUCAGCCAAAAGCAAAGCUUCGCUUCGGGGCAACAUCAGCGCUCUGCUCCGGCAUCUGGAUUCUCAUCCAGAGACGGAACUGAGAGACUUGUCCUACACGACGUGUGCGCGAAGAAUCCACCACCAUAUUCGCAUUGCUACCUCCGUCUCCAGCACUGCCCAGCUUCGCAAGUUCCUUGAGGCGGCCUCUGAAAAUGUCGAUAACUACGCAAAGCACGUUUCCGCAGCGAAGAAGAAGACUGUUGUGUUUGCCUUCUCUGGCCAAGGAUGUUUCUAUCAAGGCGCUGCUGCACAAUUGUUCCAACAGGCGCCCUCGUUCCGCGACCAGGUCCUCCAGCUCGAUCGAGUCGUUCGCCAGCUGGGAUUUCCCUCGGUCCUCGCUGCUAUUAUUGGCGAUUCAGCAAGUAGCACGACGUCGCAAAGUUGCUCCAGCGCUGCCAGCGAAGUUGGCGAUGAAAAUGCAGCCUCAACUGACGGUACCAGCUCAGUCUCGUCGACGGUGACAGUUGAGAGUCCGCUUGUUAUACAACUCUCUAUGGUAGUCAUGCAGAUUGCCUUGGUGCAGUAUUGGGGACUUUUGGGCAUCAAGCCUGACGUUGUCAUCGGCCACAGCCUUGGAGAGUAUGCCGCCUUUGUUGCAGCUGGCGUCUUGUCUGUAGCAGAUGCCAUAUAUCUGGUGGGCAGACGGGCCAAACUCAUGCUGGCCGCCUGCGAGCCGGGGAGUCAUGGCAUGUUGUCAGUCCGCGGUGCUUCAGUCGACCGCAUCGCCGAGUUGUGCAAAGAGAGUGGCAAAGACUAUCGCUAUGAGGUAUCCUGCAUCAACGGAGUCACAGACAUUGUUGUCAGCGGUUUGCGGGCAGAUAUCGUUGCUCUGCAAGACAUGUUGCAAGGUGACGGCCUGAAAUGCGUCUUACUUGAUAUCCCUUUUGCCUUUCAUUCUGCUCAACUAGAGCCUAUACUGGAAGACUAUGAAGAUGCAGCUCGGCAUGCCACUUUCAAGGCCCCUGCGAUUCCGGUCGUCUCACCACUUCUUGGACAGUGCGUCUCCCAAGGCGAGAUGAUCAACGAGACCUAUCUGCGCCGCGCCACGCGUGAGCCCGUUGACUUCAUCAAAGCGCUUGAAGCUGUUCGAGUCGAUGGCUUGGUCAAUGAUAAUGCCGUCUGGGUCGAUAUCGGGCCUCAUCCAGUGUCUUGGAAUGAGUACUUUGCUGCGUAUGAGAAGAGCCUCCGCCUGGUUCACCUCGAACCGUAUCAAUGGAAUCAGAAGAACUACUGGAUUCAGUAUGAAGGCACAUGGACUCUGGAUAAGGCGCACGCCGGACAAGCCAAGAACGUCAAACAAAAGGAGUCGGCAUCUCCGCCUUUCUUCACCUCGUCUGCGCAGCAAAUCAUUUCGCAGGAGUCCAAUGAGUCAAUCGGACGUAUGACCGUGUUGUCCAACUUGUCUCACCCCGAUCUCGCCGGCGCAGCCAACGGCCACAAGAUAAAUGGAAGAAGUGUCGUGACUGGGAGCUUAUGGGCGGACCUUGCCCUCACCAUCGGCGAAUACUUGUACAAGCACAUGGUACCAGAAGGCGAUGAGCCUUAUAUGGACGUUCAGAACAUGGAAGUCCUCGAGGGGCAGGUUCUACAUGACAAGACGUCGUCGGAACCAACGGCGGAGCAAUUCAUUCAAGCUGAAGGAGUAUUGGACUUGUCCAAAAGACAAACCCACAUCACCUUGUAUACGGCCAGCGCUGACGGGACUCGCAAAACGGAGAAGCCAUUUGCCUCGGCAACAGUUUGCUAUGAAGAUGUGCAAACAUGGAGAGCUGAGUGGCUAACGGCUUCACAUCUUGUUGCUACUCGUGCCGAUUCCCUCUGGAAAGCAGCUGCAGGCGAAGAGACUUCAAACACUACCAGCAGAGUAAGCAGACUAUCCCAGGGCACCGUAUAUCAGCUUUUUGCAAACGUGGUGGAUUACGGGAAGCGGUAUCGCGGGAUGAAAAGCGUGGCUCUCGCCGAAGCGACGCAAGAGGCUACCGCAGAUAUCACGCUGGAUAUCGACCGUCACGGAACCUGGCAUACGCCUCCUCACUGGAUCGACAGCACCUUUCAGCUGGCCGGCUUCGUCAUGAAUGCCUUUGGUGUCCAAGGCACAGGAGAAUACGCCGGGUCUUCACGCGACUUUUUCUGGAUCACGCCUGGAUGGCGGCACUUCCGCCUGGCUGAGAAGCUUGAGCCGGGCGUUGCUUAUCGCAACUAUGUCCGCAUGUUCCCUGUCCCGGGUGAACUUGGUGCCUUUUCCGGCGACAUAUACCUACUCCGCGGUGACAAGGUUGUGGGAGUGUGUGCGGGUAUCAAGUUCAAGAGAGUUCCGCGCUCGUUGAUGCCCAUCAUGUUUCCCUCGGGUCAGAGCGGGAAGAGUCGGGCUCAUGUCCCUGUUCCAGCCCAUACCAGCCACAACGUCACUUCAAAAGAGCCAGUGAAGCCGAAGCAGCCUAAGUCCAGUUCUGCUUUUUCUCAUGCACAAGAGCAACAGUCGGACGUUGCCAGACAGGUAGCAGAGCCUGUUGCAACAACGCCACCAGCGGGGCAGCAGAAGCCGAAAGAUGGCGGGCAAAACCCCAAGGUGGCCGCUUGCUUGCAGCUUAUUGCCGAGGAGACUGGACUGGAGCUGGAAGAUCUGUCUGGUGAUGCCGCAUUCGCAGAAUUGGGCGUGGAUUCUUUGAUGUCACUGGCGCUCUCUGGCAAGAUGCGUGCGGAGCUGGGUAUUGAGGUCCAGGCGUCCAUUUUCCUCGAAUGUGCGACUGUGCAAGAGUUGGCAAAUUGGCUGGGUAAAUAG